GUCCCUUUGUUGGAGUAAUUGUUUCGUCUAUUAUUGCUGUGCUUACCUACCAGUAUUACGAAAGAAAUUACUUGCGGUGGCCGCCGCUUGCGAUCAUCACGUUGUUAUUUUCUUUGCUUGCCGGCUGUAUACUUCUAAGUCUGUUGCCGAGCGAGGUAGACAUAAUGAAGCCAAUUAGAUUCGACUACGACCAAGUGAAUGUGGAAGAUGCUGCGUGGAAUAUGACUCUAAUGCGCCAGCUCAAUAUAGCAGAAAGCCCACGCGGCACACAUUUGUGGCACAAGGAGUGCAACUAUAGCAAAAGAUUCCUAGGAAAAAACAUAAAUCCCCUUGGUUUCUGCACUAUGAAGGAUGGCAAUGGUACACUGGACAUGCUGGUAGCUGGAAAUAGCUAUGCUUGUAACCAAGGUGAUCUUGUGUAUAAUGCAUUCAUACCGUACGCGAGGCACUUCAACAUUUUUUGUGUGCCAAGUUGUGAAAUGUUUUUGCCCCGGUGUAAAUUUAUAAAAUUUAAUUUCACACAAGUUGUGGAACAACUAAAGCCUGCUGUCAUAUUCCUUGUUGAAAGAUCGCUUUCACUGAAAGUUCCGCUGAAUGUAACAGAGCCUAUUGAAAAUGACAAAACCUUCCGCCUCUACUCGAAAACCAUAGAAAAUCUUGAAAAUGUAACCAAGAAGAUAUACAUUGUACAGGCGUUCCCGAGCUGUGUAAACUCCUGCUCCAACAUAGCUUUGCAGUACCUCAAAAAUGGAAAAGCUUUACGCACAAUCGAAGAUGCCCUUGUAGUCGAAGAUGCGUUCUUUGCUCGUCAUCGUUUAUGCGAGCUCAACAAAAGAUGUAAGAAAUGUGAACUAGUUGACUACAUGCCAGUGCUCGUUGAUAAGAAGGGUCAAUACCUUGCCUACAAUCCCGACACCAACCUUAUGUAUCUUGAUUACGAACAACAUUUCAAUAGAUUUGGAAGACAGCGUCUUCAAAUAGUUUUCAAUAAUCUGGCCAAGGAUUUCGAAGCGACGGUAAACAAGCAAUGAGAGUCCGCUGGCAGCACUCUUCGCGUUAUUUGAUC